GCCUGCCGCUCGCCGCCCGCUGUCAGCGCAGCCCCGGCCGCGGCGCCCGCCUCGGACGCGGCCCAUGCACCCCGGGCCGCCGGCCCUCGCAGCCAGGCAGCGCCGCAGCGGCCUCGCCGCGGGGUGGAGGGCAGGCCCGGACCCCUAGCAGAUUCUACCUUUGCUUUCAAGGGGCUGGAGACCUCUGACCGAAGUUCACACAUCUGUGAUGUAAAUGCCUACUUCUGAGGAUAGGAAGCUUGAGGAAGAAUUCACACUGGAUGAAAAUAAUUUUCUGAAACUGGGAGUAUUCCAGGAACUGUAACCCAAAUGUUUCUCUGUCCGUGGAGAAGAUUUCACAUUUGAAAUAACUUCUACUGAAGCUAGUUGUGUCCCAUCAACAUGUUCUGGAAGUUUGAUUUGAACACAACAUCACAUGUGGACAAGCUGCUGGAUAAAGAAGAUGUGACACUUCACGAGCUCAUGGAUGAAGAUGACAUCUUACAGGAGUGCAAGGCCCAGAACCGCAAACUGCUGGACUUCCUCUGUCAGCAGCAGUGCAUGGAGGAGCUGGUCAACCUCAUCACCCAUGAGCCCCCCAUGGACAUGGAGGAGAAGAUCCGCUUCAAGUACCCAAACACAGCAUGUGAACUGCUGACCUCAGAUGUGCCGCAGAUCAACGACAAGCUGGGAGGGGAUGAAACUCUGCUCAACAUCCUCUAUGACUUCUUGGAUCACGAGCCUCCUCUGAACCCUUUGCUUGCCAGUUUCUUCAGUAAGACUAUUGGGAAUCUCAUUGCAAGAAAAACGGAACAGGUGAUUGCAUUUCUAAGGAAAAAAGACAAAUUCAUUAGCCUGGUGCUAAAGCACAUAGAUACAUCAGCCAUGAUGGACCUGCUGCUGCGCCUCAUCAGCUGCGUGGAGCCUGCGAGCCUACGGCAGGAAGUGCUCAAUUGGCUUAAUGAAGCAAAGAUCAUUCAGAGACUUGUGGAAUUGAUCCAUUCAAGCCAGGAUGAGGAUAGGCAAUCAAAUGCGUCCCAGACCCUGUGUGAUAUCAUAAGAUUGAGCAGAGACCAGAGCAAUCAACUCCAGGAUAUACCUGAGCCUGAUCCGCUUCUUACAGCACUGGAAUCGCAGGAAUGUGUGGAGCAACUCUUGAAGAAUAUGUUUGAUGGAGAACAGACUGAAAAUUGCAUAGUGAAUGGCACACAAGUUCUUCUGACAUUGCUGGAAACAAGGCGUUCUGGAGUGGAAGGACUGAUGGACUCAUACACUCAGGGAUUUGAAAGGUCUUACACUGUCAAUAGCAGCAUCUUACAUGGUAUUGAACCACGGCUGAAGGAUUUCCACCAGCUGCUGCUUAAUCCUCCCAAGAAAGCAGCAAUCCUGACGACAAUUGGAGUCCUGGAGGAGCCACUGGGGAACGCUCGUCUUCAUGGAUCUCGUCUAAUAGCUGCUCUGCUUCACACAAACACUCCCAGUAUUAAUCAGGAACUAUGCAGACUCAGUACCAUGAAUUUAUUACUUGACUUAUUUUUUAAAUACACAUGGAAUAACUUUUUGCAUUUCCAAGUGGAAUUGUCCAUAGCAGCUAUUCUCUCCCACUCUGCCCAAGAGGGUAAAACUACUACUACUAAUGACCUAGAAAGUAAAGAAGAGGUGCUGAAUGGAAACGUGGCCACAGAGAACACAGAGACUCCAGAAAAUACGGAGAAUAUCAUGGUCACUCAUCUGUUCCAGAAAUGCUGCCUUGUGCAAAGGAUAUUGGAUGCCUGGGAAGCCAAUGACAAAAUACAGGCAGAAGGUGGGAUGAGGAGAGGCAACAUGGGCCACCUCACUCGAAUAGCCAAUGCUGUGGUGCAGAAUAUGGAGAAGGGCCCCAUGCAGACUCAGAUCAGUGAGUUUAUUAAAGAGCUACCUGAGGAUUGCAGAGGGAGAUGGGAGAGCUUUGUAGAAGAGACACUGACAGAAACCAACAGGAGGAAUACAGUGGAUUUGGUGAGCACUCACCAUCUGCACUCCUCCAGUGAGGAUGAAGACAUUGAGAGUGCUUUUCCCAAUGAACUUUCUCUCCAACAGGCCUUCUCCGAGUACCAGAUCCAGCAGAUGACAGCAAACUUUGUGGAUCAGUUCGGCUUCAACGAUGAGGAGUUUGCAGACCAGGAUGAUAAUAUCAAUGCUCCCUUUGACAGGAUCGCAGAGAUAAACUUCAACAUCGAUGCAGAUGAUGACAGUGUGAGUCAUUUGAAAGGACCCAAUGCUUCCCUCUUCGAAGCCUGCUGCAAUGAGAGGAUCCAACAAUUUGAUGACAACGAGGAGGAAGAAGAUAUCUGGGAAGAGAAGGAGAUAACCUAUGCAACCCAAGUGAAAUCAAGAACACGAUUUGGGGCAUCUCAGACCUCAGAGAGUUCCUCAAAAAGUGAUCUUGAGAAUGGGGAUCAUGACGGCAGCGUGGACUCCGAAGAGGAGGAAACGGAACAGCAGCCACCUCCUUCCCAAGCAAACAGCAACAAGAAUAAUACUUCUGAGCAGAAAGACUCUGACUCCUCUGAAGGCUCUGGCUGGACAGCGGUGUUUGAGCCCAUCAGCUCGAAGCCCCCCAUGCCCUGUGUUGCCAUGGAUGUUGGAUCCAGCGUGUGGGAUUCAGCAGCCCCGGAGAACACCACACCAGAGGAGAAAGGAUGGGCAAAGUUUACAGACUUCCAGCCCUUCUGCUGCUCAGAAUCGGGUCCACGAUGCAGCUCUCCCGUCGACACAGAAAGCAACGAUUCAGAAGGGAACCCAAAGCAGAGUCAAGACAAGAACUUCAGCACUGCUUCCCCCUGUGUUUGGAACGUCUGUGUCACGAGGAAAGCGCCGCUGGUGGCCUCAGACAGCAGCUCCUCCGGGGGCUCCGACAGCGAGGAGGAGGAGGACAAAGCUGACACCAUCACAGAAACCAUCAGCACGGGCUCAGGCCAGGAGACCAUCAAGCUGACCAUGGAUGCGAAGAAUGAGAAGGCUGUUUUCACCAGUGAUGCAGAGUGCAUGGUUAUCGACUCACUGGCCAUCACCAACAUCGGCACGACAAAAGCACCCAAACCCCGGAACAGCGUGGCCCAGCACGUGGAGGAGCACCAGAACACGGCUGCCGUGGUCACAGCGGUCACAGAAACAGCUACGAAAGACAGGAAAGAAGAAGUCUUGCCCUGUGCUGAAGCCACAUUAAAUGGCCCUGCUUGAUGAAACCGAUGCAAUGGGACGUGUGUGACCCAGGCCAGGCUGCUACCUGGUGAUGCAAUUUGUCAAUUUAUUAUUUUUUUUUGUUUUCUUUUUAAUUUUAUUUUUUAAUAAAUGCUGCAUUGAUGAGAGAGCUGGCAUUCAGGACCAGAGCUGCAGUUCCAACACCAACUAUCUGUUCUGAAAGACACUUGCAUUGUCUAAAUGUAGCAUUGAAUCAGUUAGUCAUCACAGGAAUGAUGGGGUUCUUCCCAAGCAAGCCUUCUGCCUAAUUUGAGUUCUUUGUCCCCUCUCUCCCUCGGUUUUGUUUUGUAUUUGGGGUUCAGUCCUAUUUUCUUAGUGUUAUUGCACACAGUAUUCAGCUUCUCUUCGGAAAGGUAGCAGGUCUAACGCUGGGACUUGGACACUGCACAAGAGUCCCGCAGUCGUGUGACCAAAGUUCCUGAUGGAGCUGUCUUUGGGCAGCAUUUGCACCGCUUUUGUAUAGCAAUAAAGCCUUAUCAGAAACAUUU